ACGUACAACAUCGACGCCCAAGUAGGAGGUUCCUCGGCCUGCGCCACGGCUCUCAUGUGUGGCGUGAAGGCUAACGUCAACACCGUAGGACUGGACAGUAGGGGCAAGUUCGAAGACUGCCGGUCGUCCUUCACAGCUGGCGUCACGUCCAUCAUCGGCAAGAGCACAGGCAUCGUGACCAACACUCGCCUCACCCACGGCACGCCCUCUGCUCUCUACGCUCGCUCACCCUCGAGGUACUGGGAGGAUGACGCCAAGGUUCCUGUGCACGCCCAUGCUACGUGUAAGGACAUCGCUCGUCAGCUGGUCGAGAAUGAACCCGGACGUAAUAUAAAUGUGCUACUGGGAGGAGGUCGUCGCCACUGGAUUCCCAUGACCGAGUUUGACCGCGAGGAGAGAGACCAGAGAGGCCGAAGGACCGACGGGAGGAAUCUUCUAGAUGCUUGGGUUCACGACAAGAAGACACGUGACCUCCAUGCUGAGUACGUGUGGAACAAGGCUCAGUUCGACAGCGUGGACCCGAGAUACACUGAUUAUCUCCUAGGAAUCUUCGGCUAUUCCCAUUUGGAUUUCGAGGUGGACAGAAACAAGGGACCCACAGGUGACCCUUCCCUGGUGGAGAUGACCGUCAAAGCCAUUCAGAUCCUGCGCAAAAACCCACAUGGCUUUUUCCUCAUGGUCGAAGCCGGCCGCAUAGACCACGCCCACCACCACAACAACGGGCGGAGGGCGCUGGAGGAGAUCGGCGCCCUUGACGAGGCUGUGAGAAACGCCCUCAACAUCACCCAGCCUUCAGAGACGCUCCUGGUCCUCACGGCUGACCACUCCCAUGUGUUUACUUUUGGGGGGGACAACACUCCCCGGGGACACCCUGUCAUGGGAUUCGACAAGGAGACGAGUGACCUGGAUGGUAAACCCUACACCACCCUCCUCUACGGCAACGGGCCUGGGUACGCCCACACCACGCCCACGGGCAGGCAGGAUCUCACGGGAUUCAACACACAAGACAUCAACUUCGUCCAGCAAGCGGCAGUUCCGAGGAAGUAAGGAAUAAAAAAUAUUAAUCAGUAUUUCAUGGG